GUAAUCACGUUUAUAGAUACAUCCGGUGAAAGCCUGAAUUCUAUCUUUCACCGUUGAUAGCUUUGGCGAAGCGCAAUAUUUGUUGUGGUGAACACACGUGGUGUUCGAAGGAAGACCGUACACAUUGACAAAGGAUGGUGUUUUUCAUCUGCAGCCACUGUGGUGCAUCCUUAAAGAAAAAUAAGGUUGAGAAACAUUAUGCACUUCAGUGUCGUAAUGCUCCCCAAGUGUCUUGUAUGGAUUGCCACAAAGAAUUCAGGGGUAAUGAUUAUGUGGCUCAUACAAAAUGCAUAACGGAAGAUGAAAAAUAUUCAGCAAAAGGAUUUGUACCAAAGCCAAACUCUAAUAAGGGUGAAUGUAAGCAGCACGAAUGGCUUGAAGUCGUCAGAGGAGUCCAAUCGCAAGAAAACUUACCAAAAUGUUUGAAGACUGUGUUAGACAGUAUUGUUAAAUUCGAAAAUGUUCCAAGAAAGAAACCAAAAUUUUUGAACUUCUUAAAAAGCAAUCACAUCAAACUCGCUCCACAUGAUUUAGACCAGCUUUGGGAUUUAUUGGAGAAGGAGCAUAAACGAGUGAAAGAAAAUGUGGAAACAUCUACUACAGACAAAGUUGUUGAGACAAAGAAAGAAGAUUCUACUACAGAUGUGGGUAAGGAUUCCCACAAACAAAAUGGAGACUUGUCUGUGGAAAUAGUUGAAGAAUGUGAAGCCACACCAAAGGAUAAAACAAAGAAGAGGAAGAGAAAGUCAAAAGAUGAAGCUAUAGACAUUACUGAGAAAGAUGCAGAUGAGAGUGUACAAGCAGCAGAGAAACAAAAUGGAACUGCCAUGGACAUUGAUCAGGAAUGUGAAGAUACAACAAAGAGUAAAAAGAAGAAGAAAAAGAACAAAACAGAAACUGUGGAUGAUAGUGAAACCCAAGAAAAUGGGAAUUUACAAGCUGCAGGAGUACUAAAUGAAAACACUUCAAUGGAAGUUACAAGUGAAAUUACACCAAAGGAGAAAGCAAAGAAGAAAAAGAAUAAAAAAGAAAAUAGAAGUGAAAUUAUGGAUGAUAUUGAGAGUCAUGCAAGUGGGAAUUUUCAAGCUCCAGUAAAACAAAAUGAAUCCAUCCCUAUAGAAGUCAAUGAAGAAUCUCAAAUUACGCCAAAAAGGAAAACGAAAGAGGAUAAAAAGGAGACUGGAACUGAAGUGGUAGAAGGUGGUGAAACACAAGAACUUGAAGGAAAACAGGAAGAUGUGACAUUAACAAAAAAGCAGAAAAAAGAGAAAAAGAAGAGGGAGAAGUAUGAAGCUGAACUAAAAGAAAUUGAAAAUAGUCAGUUCAAUGAUCAGCCUCUGGAGGAAGAUGAUGAUGAAGGACAAAACAGAAAGAAAAAGAAGUCUAAGAAAGAUAAAGAUGUAAAUGGAUUAGAUAACAAUGUAAAUAUUGUCACAGGAGUGCAUUCUGAAGAAGUGCCAAUAAAACCUAAGAAAAAACGGCAGUUAGAUGACCAGUUUGCUGAGCCAUUGAAGAAGAAGAAAAAAGAACAAGGUGACGAACAGGUUGAAGAAAUAUGUGCAGUUGAGUGUGUUGCAGCUGAGAACACUAAUGGCUUACAGAAGUUUCAAUGGAAUGAAGCAAUAUUGGAAGUAGUACGAUCUAAAGGUGGUGAGAUACCAGUGAAACGACUGCGUAAAAAGAUUGUGGCAGAAUACCAAAACUGUUGUUGUAGUGCAGAAAGUGAGGACAAACUUACUGUAAAAUUCAAUAAGAAGUUGCCUAAAGUUCCAGGCAUCAUAGUUCACAAGGAGGUUGUGAAACUUGCAGAAUAAAGUGGUGACUUUAUUAAAAAGUAUUGACAUAUUUGUACAUAAAAUACAAAUAAAAGUAUUGAUUUUUAUUGA